AUGAUCCUUCCGAAGAGGAUUAAAGAAGGAAGUUUUAAAUUGGAUAAAUCAAACAAGAAAUUAUCAUCACCAUCAUCAAUAAUUAAAACUCUUGUUGUUUUGGGUUCAGGAGGUCAUACGGGAGAAAUGAUGGAUGUUAUUCAAACUCUUGAUCCGAAACGAUACAAGUUGGAAUUUGUAUUGGCUGAUACUGAUUCUACGAGUGAGAAGUUUGUUAGGAAUUUAUUGAAGGAUAAGACUGAUUUUGAACCUCUUUCUUUCCAUUACAUUCCGAGAAGUAGAGAGGUACAUCAGUCUUAUUUUACUUCUAUAUUUACAACUUUGAAAGCCUUGUUUUAUACUACUGUGAUUACGAAUGUAAAUAUUAAUCCUGAUUUGAUUAUUGUAAAUGGACCAGGAACGUGUAUUCCAGUUUGUUUAUCUGCUUAUCUUACAAGAUUUUUGGGUAUUAAACAUGUAAAAAUCAUCUUUAUUGAAAGUGUUUGUAGAGUAGAAUCAUUGUCAGCCUCAGGUAAGAUAAUGUAUCUCCUUGCAGAUAGAUUUCUUGUCCACUGGCCACAACUCCAACACAAAUAUAAGAAUGUAGAAUACCACGGACGAAUGUGUUAUUAA